ACACAGUUACAGUGAAGAUAUUGUUACUAGCUAGUGUUGGAGUCACAGUAAAGUUUGAAGACGGAAGAUGAAUGGAGAAGUGGAUGCAGUUGGUGGGAAGGGAAGUUCACCUUCGCCUACCAUUUUUACUUGUAGAUUUUGUAACAGGAACUUCUCUAAAUCACAGGCUCUUGGAGGUCAUAUGAAUGGCCAUCGUCAAGAUAGAGAUUAUGAGAACGUGGAAAAGGCGAAGAAACUUUUGGAACAGAAGGGUGUAAGCAGUUCUUGGAUGGUCAACAAUCAACAAGUGGCACCUCAAAAUUAUGCAUCCAUCCCAGGAGGAGUGCAGACACAUGUUGAGCAAUCUAACCCAUCUCAAGUCCAGACAUGGGCUCAAGCUGGCUGUUCAUAUUCAAACCAGAAUGUUGGUGGAGGAAUUUCAGGAGUUGGACCAUCUUUACCCACAUCAUAUUUGAACCAGCAACAGCAAGAGUUUGCUCAAAAUCUAGGAGAUCAACCUAAUUAUCAAAUGAGAGAGGCAUAUCCAUCUCACCCUAACCCUAAUUAUCAAAUGAGGCAGGCAUACCCAUCUCUUCCUUACCAAAGGAACAACAAUCUGCAAAUAGGAGGAGAAGCAACUCUUCUUAACAAUACAGGAAUAAAUGGGCAUUCUUUUCCCAUGAACAGACACACACAAAUGAGAGAUCCCUCUUUUACAACUUCACAGGGAGGAAAUCCAAAUCUUGUUGUGAAUGGAUUUGCAGCAGCAUCACCAUCUGAGGAACAGCAACAGAUUUUCAGAGUGGAUCCUUCUCAUCAACCAUGGCAAGGAAACGACCCACCUCAGUAAACAACUAGAGGCUCUGGAUCAUGUGACUCAUUUGGUAUUUAUGGCAUUAUCCUAAAUGCUAUAAGUCAUGGAUGUUGCAUGACUGUGAGCUAUUAUUGCAUUUCUUUAUAGUUAUUGUGUUUAGUCUUCAGUGAUAGGAUUGUGAUUCCAUUCAUAUACUCCUUUUUAGUCUUUGACAUGAUAAGAACUGAUGGAUAGUUGCAGUUCUGCACUCCACGAUGUUUUUUUAAUGUAACUCCAUUUUGAAAGUAACUUCUUACUCUCUGUGAUUUAAAUGGAUAAAUAAGUGGAUUUCAUUAUCCGUUUUUUCAUUUCAAUCAAGUUCUAAAAUAGUUUGAAGAGA